UUUUACAGGAGCGACUGACCAAGCAGCAGGAAGACAAUGAUUCGGAGCGUCAGAGAUUGAACGAGCUGACCAACCGACUAGAAGCCCAACUCCGGGAGCAGAAUCGCCAGAUGGACGAGGAACGAUGGAAGGCAAAGCAGGAACAUAAUCGUCUUCAUAGUCUACAAGUGGCUCUAGAAGAAGAACGACAACUUUGGACAGAACAGCAGGCUAGGGAUAGGGCUAAUAUAGAGAAGACUAGAGAAUCGCUAUUGGAGGAUGAGAAGUCAUUGUUGUCACAGCUUCAUCGUGAGCGACAGUCCCUGGCUGAGGAACGGAUGCAGUUUAACGUUACACAGCAAAUCCAGAAGGACGAGACUGAACAGUACACCAUGAAGUUAGCUCAU